UAAGGGGUAUUUGUGGUGGGGCUGCCAUUUUUUGUACUGGCUCACUGUAGUCCUGUGGUCCAUGCCACAUUUGCGGCCCCGCCGCCAGAGCCGGCCUCAUCUGGGCGGGCCAGGGCAGCCUUCGCAGGGCGGUGCUGACUUAUGACUGGGGGGGUACAGUCCGGGUGGAAUGGGCGCGGCGUAACUGGGCGGAAUGGGCGUGCCCUCGAGAAGCUCCGCCCCGUCCCGCUUAGACAAUGCCCCGGAGCCGCCAGACCGUCGCGCCCCCGCCCCAUCGUAGUACAGGAUCUCGGCUAUCCAAAGGCUCCCUAAAAUCCAGAACUCCUAGUUCCUAAGGCUUGAAGAUUGGGACUUCUUUUCCCACCAACUCUGAACUCGGGGUGGGACGCCAGCCGAGAUCACAGCGAGACAGGAGUGAGGGUGGCAGCCAGAGACAGGCGAAGUAAAUAGAGAGAAAACUAAGAAAUCAGUGGAGCAGGAGGGGGCGUCUGUGUGAAUGGGAUGGGGACACCGGGGGAGGGGCUGGGCCGCUGCUCCCAUGCCCUGAUCCGGGGGGUCCCAGAGAGCCUGGCGUCGGGUGAAGGUGCGGGGGCCGGCCUUCCAUCUCUGGACCUGGCUAAAGCUCAAAGGGAGCACGGGGUGUUGGGGGGUAAACUGAGGCAGAGACUGGGGCUGCAGCUGCUAGAACUGCCUCCUGAGGAGUCCCUGCCACUGGGACCACUGCUCGGUGACACAGCUGUGAUCCAAGGGGACACGGCCCUAAUCACACGGCCCUGGAGCCCGGCUCGAAGGCCAGAGGUUGAUGGAGUCCGCAAAGCCCUCCAGGACCUGGGGCUUCGAAUAGUAGAGAUAGGAGAUGAGACCGCGACGCUGGAUGGCACUGACGUUCUCUUCACUGGCCGAGAGUUUUUCGUAGGCCUCUCCAAGUGGACCAAUCACCGAGGAGCUGAGAUCGUUGCAGACACGUUCCGGGACUUUGCUGUCUCCACUGUGCCAGUCUCAGGCCCCUCCCAUCUACGCGGCCUCUGUGGCAUGGGGGGACCCCGCACUGUUGUUGCGGGCAGCAGCGACGCUGCCCAAAAGGCUGUCAGGGCAAUGGCAGUGCUGACAGAUCACCCAUAUGCCUCCCUAACCCUCCCAGAUGAUGCAGCUGCUGACUGUCUCUUUCUUCGUCCUGGAUUGCCUGGUGUGGCCCCUUUCCUCCUACACCGUGGAGGUGGGGACCUGCCCAACAGCCAGGAGGCACUGCAGAAGCUCUCUGAUGUCACCCUGGUACCUGUGUCCUGCUCAGAACUGGAGAAGGCUGGUGCUGGGCUCAGCUCCCUCUGUUUGGUGCUUAGCACACGCCCCCACAGCUGAGGGACUGGCCUUAGGUAGGGCAGCAUAGGAAGUAUAAUAGGAGGGUUCGAGUAUGGUGAAUAGGCAGUAGAGGGAAGAGGCCUCAAGAUGGGGGGAGGGUAGAAUGUAGGGGGAAAGAAUGAGGGUCACUGGAUGAGUCCCCUCUCUCAGAUCAAUAAAAUGUCAUUGACUGUUUA